AUCUUCUUCUUCUGCAGUUUUGUUGUAUUUUAGGAGGAGAAAGUGUGUGUAGUCUAAUAUCAGGUCUCUGGCAUGGCAUGAUGAGAUUGUGUCGAUGAUAAAAUGUCUCGGAGAACAUCCUCCUCAUCGGGUGGUGCGGCAUCCCGCCCUGAGCUUCGUGAAAAGUUCGUGUCCAUAUAUUCUGCAUUUUUGAGAGGAGAUGACCCGUCAUUGGACAAGCGCAACUUCUGGGAGGAGCUAUUCCUUCUGAAGGUCAAUGUGUCAUAUUUGGAGAAGGCACUGGAUGAGCAAAGUCGAGAGCAACUGCUCAAGCUCAAGCCGGCAUUCAAUGUGAUCUUUGCACGAUGUGCAGCAACGCUCAGUAGUGAUAACCAGCCGAUCUGUCGGGUCAAUGCUCUGCAGACGUUGUGCGUACUGGUGCGCUGCAUUUUCCGCAAGCUAUCCGGAGUGGACAUCAUCAACGUGCUGGUGGGAUUUGAGCGGGCCGUCACCGAAAUGCAGGUGUUGAUUGGCAACAUUUCUUCCAUACUCCUGGAACCUAAACAGGCCAGCUUGAAGAAUUUAACCUUCAAGUUCCUCCUGAUUCUUGUUUCUGCUGUGGACAAUAUCAGUCAAAAUAAGAUGCUGGAGUACUUGAUGGGCAACAACAUCUUUGAGCCACUUAGUCAAAUUCUAUCUACACCGGAGGAUCGCGAUCAUGCCUAUGACUGUGUGGUCUUGCUGACGUUUCUCCUCAACUAUCGUAAAUACGAGUCUGCCAAUCCUUACAUUCCCAAACUCUCCGUGUUAGACAAUGAACUGGUUCUCAAUGGCCUCGGUGUGGUAAUAUCUGGAGUUCUAUCAACUGUCAACAGGAAGCAUGCAGCUGAGAUGUCAGCGUCACCUGGGUGGCUGGGAUCAAUCAGUUCCUGGGUUGGUGGUAUGUUUGUGGCAGGCGAUGAAGUAAAGGAGCAUCCAAGAGAAGCCCAUUCUAUCAUCUUGCUGUCACUGUACGAGGCUGUACACUUGAACCGAAACUUUAUGACUAUUUUAACACAGACGCAUGCACAAGUACCGGCCAGUCCUAUCACGGAGAACAGUUCACCGGCCAUGGCAAGGAUGCUGACUGGCUCAUCAAGUUCAGACGCAACAGCAAAGUCUAUUGCUGAGCCUGUGAAUCUACUCGGUGCCUUUCUAACCAGUGCUUCCAUCUCUAUGCAGGAUAUCAAAGAGGGCAUUUCAGGUGCACGUGCCCGACUUUGCUUGAAUAUUUUGACUUGUAUUUGUGAGGAUCAAUAUGCCAACGCGUUCCUGCACGAUGCCAACAUGGGAUUCCCGGUGCAGCUCUACAAGGCGCCUCGCCGACACCGAAUGGUCAAGGAGCAAGCAGCUGUAACGUCCAAGCCACUGGCAUGUGCAAUACUUGAGUUAGUCACUGAGCUGAUGCUGACACACAUGUGCCCCAAGAUUCAGAUAGAGCUCUACUCCAAGUGUCUGGGCAUCAUCCAUCGCCUGCUCUGCUACCAGAAGCGGUGUAGAAUACGACUGGCGUACGACUGGAAGGGGCUCUGGAAUGCUCUAAUGUCAGUGGGUAACUUCCUCUCUCAGAAUGACAAGACUCUGCUGCAGCGCGGCAACGUCUUGGAUCUUGCAACUCAGGACAAGACAAAGUGCUUCAUCACCAACUCACUGGCAGCUGCUCGCACUGCAACUGAUUUAGAGAAGCACGUUGCUUGGACCAACGGUUGA